AUGAUGAAUAAAGAUUCGGCUGUUCUUCAGGGUGCCUUCCUCCUGGCUGACAAGCUGUGUCACCCAUCUUCUCUGUCCUCCCUUCAGAAAGCAGACUGGAGCAGGGUAGAGCAUCCAAUCCUAGCGGCAGUCAGAGAAAUCUGCGGGCAGGAGGAACUCAGUGGUCUUCCUAAAAGCAAGGCUGCCUGCUGGAGAAAGAAAUUAAUUUGUGUUGUGUGGUUGAAGCUGCUGUGCAGGGAGACCGGAGAGGACGUUGAGACAGCGUGGAGGGAGAACCCUUUCUUUCCUCUCCAGAACGCCCUCCCUGAGGUCAACCAUGUGGUCCUGCUGGAACUGGUAAAGUCCAUGUCAGCUUCAAAAAUCUUUGCACAUCUACUCCUGUGUCUCCCUCAGUCUCAAAUCUGCUGCGAGCUGGAAAGGCUGACGCAGCAUGUGAAGAGUAACCCUACGAGUGAGGAUGAUGUCCGACUCUUUCUGGAGCUGUGGUGGGAACUGUGGAAAGGCAGGGAUGAGCAGACGGCCGUGGGGGAGGAGAGCAUAGAGAUGAUGUUCGCUAACCAGUUCACUCGUCUCACCACCAAGCCUGCCAGCGUGUCCCCUCAGGCCGCCAAGAGGUUUAAACUGGAUACAUUAGCAUCAUCGCCAAACACUGACAUCCUGUACAUUCUCCUUCAUGCACUGCAAGACAUAAGAGAUCACAUAUCUACGACAGACCUCUGCCUCCAAGCCCUCGCCAUCUCUCUUGAUGUUCUUUACACAUCAUUCCUGACAGAACGAGCAGCUGCGCUUCCAACCGAAGAAAAGAUGCAUAUCCUGUCAAAAGUUGUCAUCAUUAGAGAAAAGAACAAUGAGAAACUCAGUCCUGAACUCAUUCAUGAAGCGCAGAGAGACCUCAGUACCUCUCACAGUCCAUCUCGGUUUCAGCCUAGUCAGAUAAAACUGACUGAAGCCUUUAAGAUUGUGACAGAACUUGCACAAUUUUGGCAAAAAAGUGGGUUUUUAAAAAUGUGUGAUGGCUCUAAUCCCAGUUACUCUGCAUUCAAACUGCAGCAAAGUGUCCAAAGAGUCCUGACCGCUCUAGAAGAACCUGAUUUGCCUGAAAAUGUGACUGAAAUGAGUGUUCAAAAGGCUGAGAAGAACAUCCUGAGAGGUCUGCUGGACUCUCUGACCUUCCCUGCCAUAGAGAGCAACCCUGAGGUCAACGUGAAGGUCUCCACAACCAUCAUCAGUUACCGUCUUGAUGACUAUCACAACUUUGCGGUGUUGUUUGCCAGUGAGAGGAGCUGGGCGGACUUUGACGAGCAGUGGAUGGACUGCCUGGAAAAGAACCAAGCGGCCUUCCAGCAGCUCGACACACUGAACAAACUCUCCUCCACCCUAACCAGUAAACUCCACAGCGAGGGCUCCAGUGUGAGCCAGUGCAGAAGGCUGAUGAAGGUCAUAGCAGACAUUUUCUCUUCGCUCUCCUUAGAAGACAAGAAUAAAGCAUUGGACACCAUGCUCAAACUGUCCAGCAGGGGGUUCUUCGGACGCUCCGUCCCCUCCGUAGUGACCAAGGGGUUUGAGCAGGAGCUCAACAUGGCCUUCAACUGCAUCAUCCAAGGAGGGGCUGGACCAGCACAUCAGGGCAACUUGAGCACAGCUGUCUCUUUAGUAGCCAGAGUGGCCUUUCAGAACCCAGAGGCCACUUUGAGGUCUUGCUGCCAUUCAGCAAUUUUCAACAAAGGAGCUUUUGCUCUCAUGGCGAAGAUCCUGCAGCAGCUGCCUGGACUCCGAGGACAGAGGGAAAGAAGAGGGCCAAAUGAGGAUAUAGACGGAAGGGCUCCUGCGAGUGGUAGAGGUCUACUUUGCUGGUGUCUAAAGGAAGUGGUCAGGACCAGGUCGUUGUCAGGCAAUGAAAAGGAGCAGUUCCUCAAGUUUCUGGGUCUGCUGAUGAUGCCAGUCAUGACAGUGGAGGGAGAAGAAAAUCGGUUUCUUUUGCCUCAGGAGGUUGUGAACACCUUCGUCCUGCCUAACCUCUCUAUGGGUCACAGCUCAGUGGAUGUAGAGCUGAGUCUGCAACUUAUCCACACUGCCUUGUGUGUGGACAUCCAUGAAGCAGACUCUUCUUCUCCACACUGGGUGCUGGACUGCUCUCCAUUUCCUCUGCUCUACGUCCUCUCCCAGCUGCUCAACCAGACUCUCAGGUGUUGGGAGCAGACACCAGAGGGCGCUGUCCACCACUGGUCCAUGGACACCAAGGAGCUGCUGGUGUCCGUGCUGACCUCACUGGCGCAGGUGAUGGGCGCAGAGGUGGCGGCUGCUCCGAGCAGCUGGUCCAGAGCUCUGUUCUGGCUUUACAACAAGAUGGAGGAGCUGGACUGGACGGUCCGCUUCCACCUGAAGUCUGUGUGGGGGGAACACUUCAAAAAUGAGGUGCCCUCCUCUCUGCUGACAGUGUGCAAUCUACCUGAGCAGGAGUGGUCAGGUCUGGAUCUGCCCCAGUAUGGUCAGGGCACAGGUCUUCUGGCAUGGAUGGAGUGCUGCUCUUUAUCGGACUCCCUCCAGUCCACCAUGCUGUCCCAUCUCUCUCUGGACCAGCGCCGGCCCGACCACGUCGGCAUGUUCAGUAAAGGCCUGCUGGUGGCGCUGACCCAGGCGCUGCCCUGGUGCUCUGUCUCCCAGUGGAGCCGGCUGCUGGGAGCCCUGAGGGAGCUGAUCUCCUCAGGUCGCCUCCACGUCCCCUUCUCGCUGGAGUACGUAGACUUCCUGCCCCUCCUAGAUCUGAGGAGGUUUUCAAGUGAGCUCCGCCUGUCAGUGCUGCUGCUGCGGGUCCUGCAGCUGCUCUGCGGCUCCAGCUGCUCCCACUGGCUGUCAGAGGACGGCUGGGCCCACAUUGGCAGGUUAUACGCCCACGCUGUGAGGGACAUGCUGAACUCACUGAGAACCAAGCUGCCUCUGCCUUCAUCUGGUACUGCUGCUGUCUCUUCUUCAACGCCUCCUAAAACACAUGCAGCCACAGACUCUGCAGCCAAAACGUCUGAAGUGUCCAAAGACUCUUUAAAAGAUGACAGACAGGUUGAAGAAGGUACACCCAUAAAAUUAGAACGAAUGGAAGAAGCAGAGACAUUUCCCAGCCAGGAAGUCCUUUUUGUUCUCAGCCAGCUCUUUUGUCAUGUUCAGCACAUCCAGGUGAUGAUGCCGGUAGGUCAGUGCGAGCCUCUGUUCCUGUGCAGUCUGGAGAUCCUCAGUCACUACGAAGCCGUCAUGGGCGCCUUUCCAGACAGCAGCAGCCCACUGGAGAGCGACAACACCAGGCACUUCUUGACCACCAUCACAGACAACUUGGAGAACCAGGAGAUGAAGGCUGUGCUGCAGCAGAAGAUCUCUCAGCUUGUGUCAUCCACCGCCUGAAAAUUUGUGUUUUUGACUGAUGGAAGGCAUAGAUUGUCUUAAAUGUGUACAAAGCGCUUAUCUGCCACUUAAAAACUGUCCAGACAUGAUGGGUUUGCAAUGU